GGACAAUCGGCCUACCCCCGGCGUCCUUCUUUAGUUCUAAGACUUUAAGUCUGAAGACUAUGACUGCCAAAGGUCUGGCGCAUGUUCGUUAGUAUUCAUUCUCGCUUUUGUUCCAAAAUCAAUCACACUGGCUUCACUCCGACUCCUUAGGAGGCCGACCGCCAGCGCUUCCCCACGAGUUGGCUUCACGUCGAUAUCUCCUCCAUCUACCAUUCUUCCUUCCAUCGUACGCCUCCGGAACACUCGUCACCUAUACUACUCCCAACGACUGCACCCGGCUCUUCGAUCAAACCUCAGAUAUAGAAGUCUAGUCGAACCAAGGCAUCUCCUCCCCGUUCCUCGCCUCGUUGAUCCCGGUAGCACUCACCAGUACAUUUUCUACGAGCACCAAGACAACCCAAUCAAGGGCUUCAUUUCAGACCCCUCGAUAGACAAAAUCAAUCCCAUGAAGUACUACUAUCAAGUGGUAACUACGCCGACGGCCGACACCCCGGGCAGCGCGGUCGUACUCAACUUCCCCGAUAAACGCUACCUCUUCGGUCAGGUCGCCGAAGGAACGCAGCGAGCAUGCGCGGGAACGUCGGUCAAGUUCGGUCUCAUGACCGACAUCUUCCUCACGGGCCGGUUGGAGAUGAGCAACGUGGGAGGGCUGUUCGGCGUCAUCCUCACGCUAGCCGAUGGACUGGCCAGCGCAGCAGCCAAUUUAUCGGAGAAGCAGAAGAAGAAAGAGGCAGACCAGCGGCAGCAGAGGCCGAAGCAGGACUCCGCUGAGGGGAAGGCAGAUGGACUGCCUAUUUCACAGCCGGGAAGCAAGCGGAUCGCGCAGAGAGGGACCCUGACGGUUCACGGCGGGAAAAAUCUCACGCACCUGAUGGCUACUGCGCGCAAGUUCAUCUUCCGCCAGGGUCUACCCAUGUAUAUGCAGGAACAUGAUGGGGACAGCCUGGCUGGACAGCGUGGGGGUUCCCCAGACCCAUACGAACAACCGACGUGGUCAGAUCAGAAUAUUAAGGUCUGGGUCAUGGCCGUGAGCCCUGAGUCUCAUUCUCUGCCCAAGGCCAAGCGCACAAGGAAGCGCAGCCACGAGGAAUUUCGCGAGGAGGACAAAGCUGGGGUCGAGGAGAAGAAAGCUGCGGCGCUAGCCGAACAGGUUAUCAGACAAAAUGUGGUGUCGAACAUGUUUAAUUCGACAUGGAAACUGGAUGCUUUACAUGAGACUAGAUUAAAAGACGUGCAGAUGCCCGGGCUCAUGUUUGUCAGGGACCCGGUAACCAAGGAUUUGCGACGGUACACCGGCCCGACUCCUGGAGGCCGCACGCCAGUUCCUGACAUUACCGUGCUGGUGCGCAAACCUUGGCCUGGUGCCAAUGUGGAGAGGAUUCCUCCCGUGUCUUGGAACGAAGACGCCAUCUCUUACAUCGUCCGGAACCACAACAUUAGAGGGAAGUUCGACCCUCUCAAGGCUCAGGCUCUGAAGAUCCGUAGAGGCCCGGACUACGCCACGCUGACUAGAGGUGAAAGCGUAAUCUCAGAGGAUGGUCAAAUUAUCACGCCCGAUAUGGUUCUUGAUGAGGAAAAGGUUGGCAAAGGUGUCGCAAUCAUAGAUUUGCCCUCGCGAGCCUAUGUGGAGAACCUGGUCAACCGCCCUGAGUGGGACUCACCUACGGCGGCCUUGAAUCUGGAAGCUUUCAUCUGGAUCCUGGGCCCAGGUGUGGGAGAUCACCCCAAGCUUCGCGAAUUUGUCGCGAAGAUGUCGCACUGCACGCAUACGGUCUCCAGCCCCGAUUACUGUCCCGAUUACCUGGCCAUGAAAGAGGUUGCCGAGUCGACGGCGCAGAUGGCCAUGGUCAGGCCCGACAACUAUGCCCUGCCUGCCUAUGACAAUGUGACUGUUCCACAAGCCAGGCUCUUCAAUGAUCCUCCAACGAAAAAACGUGCCCCCUUGCGACCUCUAGAGCCGGGCCUGAUUAUCAACAUGGAACCCACUUUCGAGAUCGAUGAAUCUGAAAUUACUCCUCGUUAUGAUCCCAGAAACGCGAAGGAAAAGUUGCCGAAGGCUGUCGAGACUCAAAUGAAAAUAAUUUCUGGACAGGAAGAAACUCCCGAGUUCCAGGAUAAACUGGCAGCAUUCCGAAAAGACCUUCCUGGUGCUGGCGUCGAAAUUAUUACUCUCGGAACUGGGUCAUCAGUACCAUCCAAGCAUAGAAAUGUCUCCAGCACGCUCAUUCACGCACCAGGCCAUGGUUUUUACUUGCUCGACUGCGGCGAGGGCACUCUUGGGCAGCUCAAGCGCGUCUUUGGAACUAAGGUAUUGCGCGAAGUUUUCCAGAAUAUGCGGAUGAUUUGGAUCAGUCAUCUCCACGCUGACCACCACCUUGGUAUUGCGAAUGUGAUCAAGGCCUGGUAUCAGGCAAAUUAUCCCAAUGGCGUGCCACGGACUGACGUGAUCGAGGAAGACAUGUCCAAAAUUCUAAGGGAUAAGCGCCUGUUCGUUGUGUGCGAACAAAUGAUGACUACUUGGCUCGAGGAAUAUGCCAGUGUCGAGGAUUACGGCUUCCAAAAGGUGACGGCUCUGAGCGCUUUUCCCGAACAGAUUCGAAGUGGUAUUUACGAGACAUCAUUUGUCUAUCGUCACUGCCGCGCCGACGGUACCUUCCCUGGGCAACGGGAGGCGCAAUCCCAACCCAAAACAACCAAGCUUCGAUUCCAGGAUGAUUCGGACCCCCUCUCGGCUCUUCUCCGUGAAGCCAUCGGCCUUUCCGACAUCCUACCGUCCCGAGUUUCACACUGCCGUGGAUCCAUGGCUGUGACCCUUGUGUACCCCGAUGGCUUCAAGCUCUCCUUCUCCGGCGACUGCCGUCCCUCGGAGAACUUUGCAGCUACAGGCCGCGGCUCGACGGUUCUCAUCCACGAAGCCACUUUCCAAAACGACAUGGCGGGGAGCGCGAUAGCUAAGAAACACUCCACGUACGCCGAAGCCUUGGAAGUCGCGCGUCAGAUGCAAGCCCGGGCCCUCCUCCUCACCCAUUUCAGCCAACGCUACCAGGGAACUGUCGCAAUGAACAACGGCCAGUCUUCGCAGAAGGCCCAGGAUGAAGCAGGUUCGGACGGCUCUGCCAGCUUGCGAACCAAGGACGUCCCUGAUGAUGAGGAAGGGCUAGCUGAGGAGAGCAGCCCCCAGCUCGAGGGCUCGAAUGAAGACACCGGCGGUGUGAUCAUUGCCAAGCCCAGCACCCAGUACAACGGGCCCUACGUCAACGCCUUUGACUACAUGCGCCUCCGUGUCGGAGAUUUCCCCGUCCUCCAAGCUUAUGUACCGGCCAUGGAGAUGCUGUUUGCGAUCCUGGAGAGAGCUGCAGCGGAAUCUGCGGAGAAGGCUCAGCAGCAGAAGGCGGCAAAGAAAGAGAAUUCGAAGUUGAAGGCGGCAAAGAAAGAGAAUUCGAAGUUGAAGGCGGCUAACAAGAAGACUCAAGAGACCGAGAAGACCGGAAGGGCUGGAAUGUUUAGAAACUUUAACCUAAUUGGAGAUUGGAGUGCCAACCGUUCCCACAAGGCUUCCGCCUCCACGGCUGAUGAGAUGGAUGUGGUCACACAAGCUGAAAAGCCUGGAAAGGCCGGAACAUCUGGAGAGGCCGGAACAUCUGGAGAGGCUGGAAAGAACAGAAAGGAUGGGAAAGCUGAAGGAAUCGAAGGAGUUGAGAUGGCUGCCGACCGUUCCCGCAAGGCUUCCGUCUCCUCGGCUGAUGAGAUGGAUGUCGUUGCAGAAGCUGGAACAGCUCAGAAAGAUAGAAACCCUGGAAUUAUUAGAAGAGUUGGGAUAAGAGUUGAGGAGGCUGUCAACCGUGCUCUCACGGCUUCAGCCUCCUCAGCCGACAAGACGGAGAUUGAUGUCAGCAUUGAAAAGGCCGAACGCGCCGCUGCAAAGGCUCAAUUGGCUCGAGAGGGCGCCAGGGCUCAUAGAAAUGCCGCCGAACGCGCUGCCCAAGCUUCCAUCGCCGCAGCCGAAAAGGUAGAGCUAGAUGUGCAUAGCAGCAUUGAAAGAGCUGAAGCGGCUGCUGACAAGGCUGAAGAUGCUGGAAAGGCCGCUAGGGCUGCCAAAGAUGCUGCCGACCGCGCUGCCCAAGCUUUUGCCUCCUCGCCUGACGAGAUAGAGAUGGUUGUGGAUGCCAGCAAUGAACGAGCUGAAAGGGCCGCUGAACGAGCUGAAAUGAGUGCCAGCAGAGCCGCAAGGGCUGAGAAGCGCGCUGCCAGACGCGCUGCCAGAGCCUCCGCCUCCGCCUCCUCGGCCGACGAGAUGGAAGUGGACUCGGAAGCAGGAAAAGCCAGAAGAUCUCGCAGCCCUAGAAGAGCUACUGCCAAACGUGCCGGCAAGACUUCCGCCUCCUCCGCUGAUGAGAUGGAGGUGGACACCGAAGCGGGAAAAGCUAGAAGAUCCACCAGCCCUAGAAGAGCUCCUUCCAAACGUGCGGGCAAGGCUUCCGCCUCCUCAGCCUCCGAGACGGACAAGGACGCCAAAAAGCCCCGGGCGCGUUCGAGGUCGAAGUCGCGUGCUGGUGGGGGUGAGAGCGAGUGAGAGCCAUGAGCGGUGUUGUGGGAGGUGCCAAUGUCAGUCCUAGGGCUAUGGCAUCCAUCCAGUGCACGAAGAGUGUUUGUUUACAGGUCCGAGGUCGGCUAUUCCUUGAGUAUGGGUUGGGCUUUCGAAGGGGCGAGAUUAGCAGUUAUGCUUAUAGAUACCAGGUCUCGUUGGGGGUGUACUGUACAUAGUUCACCUGUAUGUAGUAUUGUAAAUUGAGUAGACAAAAAAGUUC